AUUAUCUCUUUAAGAAACGAAAUUAUGUCAUUGUAAAAAGAGUAUAUAAGGUAUUUUGGAUCGAUACUCAUCAUCAUUUAACUAGAUGUAGGAAUCAAGAUGGGUUUGUUCUUACAACUAUUUGUCGUGACGACAUUGGUCGCUGUUCUUCACAGCGCACCUCUGGACCAACAAUCUGAAAGUACCACUGUUGGUAUAAGACCUCUACCCGCGACAAUAUCCAAAAAAGAUGACUCUAAGGAAUCUGAUGAAGAUAAAUCAGGCACAAAGAGGGUAUCUCGAGAAUCGCCAUCCCAACCCCAGCCCCACUUUAUAUCAGGUGUACCAACUCCAACAAGCACCCAGUCUACGCUGACAAACCAACAAAAACCCAACGAAGACCCGAGAAAAGUAAGAGCUGUUGAUGAUGCAAGAGGACCACCGCCGCCUCCUCCACUAGCGCAUGGCCCACCGCCACCACCACCAGCGCAUGGCCCACCGCCACCACCACCACCGCACGGCCCACCACCACCACCACCGCACGGCCCACCACCACCACCAGAGGAUCACCCCGGGUAUCCUGAGCGUAGACCACCCCCACCCCCACCAGGCAGCAGACCCGAACGAGAUGUGAGUCAUCUAGACCAACCACAAAUCAAGCCUGCUACUUUCCCGGCGAAAGUCGACCCACCAACCCCUACAAACCAAAAACAGGACAAGCCAGAAAACAGGCCCCAAAGAGAUGUCACCAAUCCAAAUCAACCACAAAUCAAACCUGCAACUCUGCCUGCGAAAGUUGACCCACCAACCCCUAGUAACCAAAAUCAAAACAAGCCAGGAAACAGGCCCGCUCGAGAUGUAAACAACCCUGUUCCUAAGCAGACGAGACCCGCUCCGAUUCCUGCUCAAAUCGACCCACAGCCCGGGACUACCACAAACCAACGUAAAAAUGGUCCAGGAAGCAGGCCAGUUCGAGAUGUUCCGAAGCAAACCAGGCCUGCACCAAUUCCCGCUAAGGUCGAUCCCAAGCCGGCACCUCCCCCAGGUCCAGGAAGCAGGCCUGUCCGAGACGUGAGCUCUCCUCUUGCGGCAGCUUCGUCUACUACUGAAAAAUCAGAUUCGACCACGGAGAAAAGUCAAGAUUUGAAAAAGUCUGAGUGAAAAAACAAAUCAAAAGGAUAUGAUAUUUGUUUAUGUAAAAAAUUACCGUACUAUGUGUAAAUUAUAUGUUAAAUAAAGUGAUAAAUUCGCUGACAAUUUAAAUAGUCAA